AUGGCGCCAUCAACCCCUCUAUCCAAGGCCAACACCACCUUCUCCCUAGCUUUGUUCAAAAAGCUGAAUGAGGAUGACAAAACUGCAAAUAUCUUCUUCUCUCCUUUUAGCAUCUCUUCAGCCCUGGCUAUGUUGAUGCUGGGGACCAGGGGCAACACAGCUACGCAGAUGUCAGAGGUCUUCUCUGGUUAUUCGCAGUGCCUGAAACCCCAAAAUGGUGAGGAUGACAUCCACAGUAGCUUCGCCCAACUGCUGAGUGAACUCAAUAAACCAGAAGCUGCGUAUGCCCUCAGUGUCGCCAACAGGCUGUACGGAGAGCAGUCCUACCAGUUUGUUGAGGAUUUCUUAGCAGACACUAAAAAGCACUACAACGCUGAGCUGGAGUCUGUGGAUUUCAGCACCAGCGCAGAAGAGGCCAGGGUCAACAUCAAUAGUUGGGUGGAGAAGAACACACAAGAUAAAAUUAAGGACCUGCUGACCCCAGAAAUCGUGGACAACAUGACCAAGCUGGUGCUGGUCAAUGCCAUCUACUUCAAAGGCAGCUGGAACCAGCAGUUCGAAGAGGAUUCUACUGUGGAUGCUCAAUUUAAAAUAAAUAAGAAUGACACUAAACCAGUGAAGCUGAUGUGCCAGAAAAGUAAAUUCCCUCUCGCCGCCAUUCCUGAGCUCAACUGCCAGAUGCUAGAGUUGCCUUACAAAGAGAAGGAGCUCAGCAUGCUCAUCUUUCUACCCAACGAGAUAGAGGACGAUACGACAGGCUUGGAGAAGCUGGAGAAGGAGCUGACCUAUGAGAAAUUUGUGGAGUGGACUUCUCCGGACACGAUGGGUCAAAUUGAAGUGGAGGUGGAGCUGCCUAGAUUCAAGAUGGAGGAGAAGUAUGACCUGAAUGACGUCCUGAAGAGUAUGGGCAUUGUGGACGCUUUUGAUGUCACAAAGAGCGACUUCUCUGGCAUGUCUAAGGCCAACGACCUGGAACUGUCGAACGUCGUCCACAAGGCUUUUGUGGAGGUGAACGAGGAGGGAACGGAGGCCGCCGCUGCCACCGGUGCUGUCGUGUCGAACCGCGCCGCCGUGAUUACCGAGACCUUCAAAGCAGACCACCCGUUCCUCUUCUUCAUCCGACAUAACUCCACCAUGAGUGUUCUCUUCGCCGGCCGAUACUGCUCCCCUGAGUGAACGCCACAAUCCUUUACAGCAAUGUGAUGGAGAAUCGCUGCUCUGGACUCUACUACUCAUUUGUGUUCCUUUUCUAUAUUUUUAACACCAGGACUU